CGAGCGCGCAUGCGCAGUGCUGCCUUUGUGUUAGCUACAUUAGCCGCAGCUAGCCCGAGACGACGCAGAGCGGAGCUAGCGUCGUUAGCCGCGUUAGCUCAUCAUGGUGAACGUAAAGAAGCGGAAAGGUCGGGUCGUGAUCGACUCCGACUCCGAGGACAGCGCCAGCGACGACAACUUAGACCAGGAGCUCUUGUCUCUGGCCAAGAGGAAGAGAGUCGACUCGGGUGAGCAGGAAGAGCCGGUCAGCAAACCUGCAGCUUCUACGGACUCUGAGACAUCCGAUAGCGACGAUGAGUGGACUGUGGGUGGCACCAAAGGCAAAAAGAAAGUUAAGCCAGGGAAAGGGUCUGAGAAGAAGAACGCCACAAAGAAGAAGGUUCACAAAGCGACGGCGUCCGGCAGCUCAGAUGGAGACAGCUCAGCAGAGAGCUCUGCGCCAGAGGAGGGUGAAGUGUCUGAUUCAGAGAGCAACAGUUCGUCUUCCAGCUCCGACUCGGACUCCUCCGAGGACGACGUCUUCAGGGACGGUUACGACGACGACCUGAUGGGAGACGCGGAGGACAGAGCUCGGCUGGAGCAGAUGACGGAGAAGGAGAGAGAGCAGGAGCUGUUCAACCGAAUCGAGAAGAGAGAGGUGCUAAAGAGACGUUUUGAAAUUAAGAAGAAGCUGAAGACGGCAAAGAAGAAGGAGAAAGAGGAGAAGAAAAAGAAACAGGAGGAAGAGCAAGAAAAAAGGAAGCUAUCUCAGGUUCAAGACACACAAGUGGUCAUGUCACACAACAAGGAGCGGCGAUCCAAACGUGACGAGAAACUUGACAAAAAGUCCCAGGCCAUGGAAGAACUCAAAGCCGAACGUGAAAAGAAGAAAAACAAAACAGCGGAACUUCUGGCCAAACGCCAGCCCCUGAAGACGAGCGAGGUUUACUCCGACGACGAGGAGGAAGAGGAGGAAGACGACGACAAGUCAUCAGUCAAAAGCGACCGGAGUUCGCGCUCGUCGUCUUACGACGAUGACGAAAAAGAAGAAACUCCACCGAAGUCGCAGCCUGUUUCACUACCAGAUGAGCUCAACAGGGUGCGUCUGUCCAGACAUAAGCUGGAGCGCUGGUGCCACAUGCCCUUCUUUGCUAAGACUGUGACCGGAUGCUUUGUGAGGAUAGGGAUUGGGAACAGCAGCAGUAAACCAGUUUAUAGGGUUGCAGAAAUUGUGGACGUAGUAGAGACGGCGAAGGUUUACCAGCUUGGAUCAACGCGAACAAACAAAGGAUUACAGUUAAGGCACGGUGGUGACACGCGGGUGUUCCGGCUCGAGUUUGUAUCAAAUCAGGAGUUUACAGAAAACGAGUUCAUGAAGUGGAAAGAGGCGAUGAUAGUGGCGAGCAUGCAAGUACCGACACUUGACGAAAUCACCAAAAAGGAGCAGUCCAUCAAAGAAGCUCUGAACUAUAAGUUCAAUGACAAAGACAUAGAGGAUAUUGUUAAAGAGAAGGACCGGUUCCGAAAAGCCCCUCCGAAUUACGCCAUGAAGAAAACCCAGUUACUCAAAGACAAGGCCAUGGCAGAAGAGAGCGGAGACGGCGAGAAAGUCAAAGUGAUCCAGGAUGAGCUGAACGAACUGGAGGAAAGGGCAGAGGCGCUCGACAGACAGAGGACCAAGAACAUUUCUGCCAUCAGCUACAUCAAUCAGAGGAACAGAAGCUGGAACAUCGUCGAAUCUGAGAAAGCUCUUGUGGCUGAAGGACAAAACGCCAAAAACCAACAAAUGGACCCGUUCACACGGAGACAGUGCAAACCCACCAUGGUGUCUAAUGCCAGAGAUCCGUCAGUCCACGCAGCUAUUCUCGCACACCUGAACCAGAAGUACGGUUCUGGAUCACAAGCCGAUCCUUCAAGCGGAGAGAAGAACAAACUGGGUCAACCAAACCUGAAAGACAAAGAUGUCCCCAAGCCAACCACCGACCUCUCAGAGGACUUGUUUAAAGUCCACGAUUUUGACGUCAAGAUUGACCUCCAGGUUCCAAAUGCAGAGGCAAAGUCGCUGUCCGUGAGCUCCAACGCGCUGCCUGUAAAGGACGGCGCCCCCCGCAGGUCCCUCAACCUGGAGGACUACAAGAAGAGGAGGGGGCUGAUCUGAGGCAGCCGGUCCGUCAUCCAGAAAUCCACAUUGCAUGUGUAAUUGAGAGAGAGUGUGUGUGAGAGAGAGAGAGAGAGAGCGUGAGAGAGUGUGUGUGUAUCUGUGUGUAUCUGUGUGUGUGUGAAUGUGAGUGUGAUUCCCGUAGGACGUGUGAUUGAAUGUUGAUACAACAGACUGUUUAUCCGCACACAGAGGAAAUACUGAUUGAGACAGCGAAGGCAACAUUUUUCUUAAAGUUUCGGAAGAAACUCCAGAUUAUUGUUGUUUUGUUAUUUUUCAUAAUCACACAGACUCGUAUACAACAGAGUUGUGUUGUUGUUUUUUUUAUGUAUUUAACUUCUUUCCCCCUCUUUUGGAUCUUCUGGAGUCCACUCCAUGUUUUUGUUUUUUUCUGAAAGGACACAGCGCUUGUGGAUUUAUUACCUUCGAACAAGGACACUAUCUUAGAAGACUUAGAUCGUUGAGGCAUUUUGAUAUUACUGGACUGGAUGUGCUGGAGCUCACCAGCUCGUCCUCACCAACAUUGAAUUACUGUUGUAAAUGCCCCCCCUUCCCUUCCUCCUUGCCCCCUCCCAAAAGAUAAAGUGUGAUCAUCUGCCCUCGCGGUCCAUCCUGACUUUUAACAGCCUCGUGUUUUUUUUGUUUUUUUUUUGCGGCCUCGAUGAUCACCUUUUUAAAUCUUUGAAACAACCCGAUUUAAGAGAAGCCGUUUUCUGUGGCUGACCUGAUUAUAAAAAGUGUUUGUUUUCUGUUCUCUCUCAGUUGGUUGUCCACGGGGAUGAACUCCCCUGCCCUUAACUCCCAGAGCAGAUUCUAUGUGUUAUCGAUUGUGUCCAUAGUCAGUUCCUGUAUUGUUGUGGCAUGCCAUGUAAAUAUGCAUUUUGGAGUGAGUGCGGGAAAAAAAUAAAAAGAGGCACUGUUUCAUAA